AUGUCUCUGCAACAACAAUCCGAAACGCUUCCCGACUCGGUCAUGGCGCACGACGAGGCGAUGCGCGACGACUCGUCCGCGCGCAAGUACAACAAGACCUCGCACCUCCAGAAGCGCAACGACAACGCGGACGCCUCGAGCUCGUCAACCAACACGCAGUUUGUUCCUCCCAGCGAUGCAGGCCAGCCGUACGACCCCGUAGCAGAGUACAGACGUGGCCGAGCGCUCACGGCAGACAACCUCGGACGUAUCCCCGACGCUGAUCAGCUCGCUCCCGGCAUUCGUCUUCCCGGAAGAGUCAUUGAUCCACACGGAGCCGAUACGGACAUGCAGACCUCUUCGGACGCCGACGAAGGCGCACAGAGCCUCGAAACGGGCCACACGAGCGUGGGUGCAUUUGGCGAAGGCGGUGCUCCCGUGCCCGGUGUGCCUCCCGAGCUCGACCCGCGCACGCCCGCGUUCCGACCGCACAGUCCAGGCGAGGCGUCCGUGUUCUCGGUCGCCGUGCAGCCGCCCGCCUCGCCGAAAGCAAGUAUCCUCGAAGCCUCGGAGCCUGCCAGCCCAUUCGUCGAGGCCACUCCCUCGCGCAGUGGGACAGCAGACCGAUACGGCAUCCCCACCAGCAGCGCUUCCGCCACGGCGGGCUCGUCGUCGUAUUCAGCGUCGGCGCGUGGAUCGUCGCCCCCCUUGUCCGUGGGCUACGCGCCGUCAGAAGCGUUCAACACUGCGAUGCGUCUCGGACCGGGACCUAGCAUGCUGGGGCGCAACGUGGCCAGUGUCGCACCCUCGGAAGCGGGCAGUGUUUCAUCCACAGGCACGGGCGGAGGAGGGCCUGGCAGUGCAGGAACAGCCGACGACCAGGAAGUCGCCUUGCGCGCCGCCUACAUCGAACGUCAGCGCAUGCGCGAACGCGAACUCAUGGGCGGGGAAGCCGGUGUCGGCGGCACCACCAUUCCCACCUUCACACUCCCUGCACGCGGAUCCACGCCGCUCGCCUUCGCCCCCGGCCUCUCUGCGCGCCUCGGCGGCGGGGGUUCCGGCAGCUCCGCCGCUUUCGACACCGUCAGUCGCGCAGGCAGCACCGCCGCCACCACGGGCACCAGCACGCCACCGCUCAGCCCCACCGGCAGCGAGAUCCCGUACGCUGUCGGCUCGCCCUCGCGCCGCGGCAGCGUCGACAGCACCGAGACGCUCGGCAGCAUGCGCGCGCCCCCGAGCGUCCAGGGGUUCGAGCUGCCCAGCGGCAUCGAGUCGAGACGCAUGAGCAGGGGCGGAAGCUCGGCGGGCUUUGGUGAGGCGGCACCGGCGGAUGUGGUCAGGCGUGGCAGUGAGGGUGGGUUGAUUACCAGCGCUAUGGACGAAGACAAUGCCGAUUACGAGAGGCCAGAAGCACCGUAA